UCAUUGUCAUUUAUCAUGGGCUGCACCCCUAAUGCUUCACACUCUCCAGUCUUCUUGCUCCUUGGGUUCUCAAGAGCUAGAAUCUCCCCAAAUCUCCUUUUUCUCCUGUUCCUGGCUAUUUACCUGGCCACCAUAAUGGGGAACGUGACUCUAGUGCUACUAAUCUCCCGGGACUCCAGGCUCCACUCACCUAUGUAUUAUCUGCUCCGUGGUCUCUCUGUGAUUGACAUGGGGCUGUCCACAGUCACCCUGCCCCAGUUGCUGGCCCAUCUGGUGUCUAAUUACCCAGCCAUUCCUGCUGCCCGCUGCUUGGCCCAGUUCUUUUUCUUCUAUGCAUUUGGAGUUACGGAUACACUUGUUAUUUCUGUCAUGGCUCUGGAUCGCUAUGUGGCCAUCUGUGAUCCCCUGCACUACCAUUCAGUGAUGAAUCGUCGACUCUGUGCCCGCUUACUGGCCUUGAGCUGGAUGGUGUCCAUAGUGCACACCAUGCUGCAUGUAGGACUUCUCUUGCCUCUAUACUGGGCUGGGGAUGCCAAGGGCAACGUUAACCUUCCCCACUUCUUUUGUGACCACCGACCACUUCUGCGAGCCUCUUGCUCUGACAUACAUUCCAAUGAGCUGGCCAUAUUUUUGGAGGGUGGCUUCCUCAUGCUAGGUCCCUGUGCCCUUAUUGUACUGUCCUAUGUUCGCAUUGGGGCCACCAUCCUGCGUUUGCCUUCAGCUGCUGGUCGCCACCGUGCAGUCUCUACUUGUGGAUCCCACCUCACCAUGGUUGGCUUCCUCUAUGGCACCAUUAUUUGGGUCUACUUCCAGCCUUCUUCCCAGAACUCUCAGGAACAAGACAUGGUGGCUUCUGUGAUGUACACUGCCAUUACACCUUUGGCCAACCCUUUUGUGUACAGCCUCCGCAACAAGGAUGUCAAGAGUGCACUUCACCGGCUUCUUGGAUGGGGAAAAGUGAUUAGCCUGCCUAAGAGCCAUUUUGGUUAGCUGAGGAAAGAAGUGGGAAGAUUUAAGCAUGGCCAGUUUUGGAAAGAUGAGGGACGGAU